AUGUCUGAGGCAGCUAGGAAUCCGCCCAAGAAGAGAGAUGUUCUGCAAAAAGGACCCCAGAUGAAACAUUUUUCUGGAAAUCAGAGCAAGCUGAGGAAAAAGACAAAGAAGAAAAGCAAUUCUGUCUCAUCUAGAACCAGUCAUUUCAAUCCGGAGGAUGCUGAGCAGCGUGACAACGAGAUCAACCAAUGUUUCCACGUUUUGGGCAACAGGAGUAUGAAACUCUUCAAAAAAGGUACAGCUGUAACCUCGUAUGGCCUUAACCUGGAUGUCAGACUACCAGAGAAAGUCGCAGUUAAGCUCAUUCUAAAUGUGCCACACGAGUAUCCAAAGUCACCAUUGCAGUUGCAAUGGAAAAAGAGCUCAUCGGGCGAUAACUUACCCAGAGAGAUUACAUUUCAGACGCUAGUUCGGAAUUUCAACUUUAAAGCCCGUGACAUGUCGUUACAAAAGAUACCAAUGAUAGCACAACUGAAUUAUUUAGUGUAUAAGGCAGAGAACCUCGCUGCUUCCGGCUUCAAGCUGAUAGAUCGACGAGAGCGAGAGUUUUUUGCCGCCUUUGGUUAG